AUUGAGCGCUUUUUUCAACAAUGCCCGUGACAGCUGACGAAGGAGGUGUGAAUGGUACCAACGUGAUAAUUGCGUCGAUGAAAAAGGACACAGCCGAUGUAGAAUAUGGUUGAGCAGCAUACAUUUCUCCAUGUGGCAGGUAUUGUCACAUUAUAUUGGACAGUGUCCAUUUCUAUGGUGUUUGUCAACAAGCAUAUUCUCAGUGGUUCCUAUGGUGACAUGGACCUGUCAAUAUUUGUGGCCUGGUAUCAGAGUUUUGCUGCAGUGACCAUCCUACAAGCUCUUGGAUGCUUGCGAAUUUUCGGAAGGGAAAGUUUCAAAGUUCCGGAUGUUGAUUUCCAUACUCUCUUCCACAGUGAUGUGUUAAAGUUAUCCCUUUCCUUUGUGAUGAGUGUAGCACUAAACAAUUUAAUGCUGAAACAUAUUGGUGUGACCUUCUAUCAAGUAGCUAGGUCCUUCACUCUGAUAUUCACCAUCGUAUUGUCUGCCACCAUGUUAAAACAACCCAUCACGUUGAGGGCCAUAUUAGCUUGCCUGUUUAUCGUAACAGGGUUUGUGAUUGGGAUUGAUGAAGAGAACGAGACAGGUGCCCUAAGUGUGUGGGGCAUUAUGUAUGGACUAUUGGCCAGCUUUAGUGCUGCCAUAUGCGGGAUGUAUUACAAACGAGCUGAGAGUGUUCUUAGUCAUAACAGCCUAAAACAGGCAUAUUACAACAACAUAAACAGCUGUCUGCUUCUAUCCCCAUUGGCCUACAGCACAAGGCAGGCAAGUCAGGUGAUUCAGUCAGAAUUUUCAACCUCGCUGGAUUUCUGGAUCCUCUUAACGCUGUCUGGAGCUAUGAGCCUCGCUAUAGGGUGGGCUAGUGCUCUGCAAAUAAAGGUUACCUCCCCUGUCUCUCAUCACAUUAGCAUCAAUGCUAAGUCUGUUACCCAGACCAUUAUUGCUAUCCUGUAUUACAAGGAGGAGAAAACUGUGUUGUGGUGGUGUGGAAAUAUACUGGUUAUUUGUGGGGUUUUGAUAUACACAUUGAUUAAGGCAAACAAACAGGAGGCAUCAAAAACCAAAUCCACUCUCCCAAAGUGAAUGAUGUACUACAAAAUCCUUUCAAUUAUUGUUAAUGACAUAUAUUUUCUUUAACUUUCCAUAGAAUAUGAAGUCUUUGUAGUGUAGUAUUUCAAUUAUAUUUAAACAUACUAUGCUUUUAAAACAUGCAAUUUUAUAUUAAUAACUUGUUUGCAAUGUCAUGAUUAACGCAAGAUUUAUUUUUUAUAUAUCAGUUAUAUAUUUUUAUUUUCUUAUACUCUACAUGAUCGAAUCUUUUUAAAAAAUUGUGUAGUUUUGCAAUAUUAAGUCAAAUUCUAUAGAUUUCAUUGUUCAUACAAUUUUUGUACAUUAUUACUAAUACGUAAUUUCUGCGGUUGUCCAUUUUUGGGGAUAGGAAAUUCUGCAAAAAUUACAAUUGCACAUAGGCAUCAUAGGCAUGUAUGGGUGAAGUGAAACCACAGAAAUUGGAAACACAGAAUAUAAUUUGCCACCAUUUAAGGAUCAAAUCGCAAAAUUACCAACCUCAUAUAUGGUAUUACGCAGGCUGUCCAGCAGCCCUUAAAUUCCUUAAAAAAAAUCCCAAUUCUUUUAGUUUUUCUAACAUUCCUUAAAACAUGUUGAAUUCUUGGGGAAAUCCUAAAAAGGCCCUAAUUUUUCAUGUCAAUUCUUUUUUUUUUUUAUAUAUAAUUAUAUUUCUACUCUAGCCAUUUUGAAAAUACAUUCAAAUCAAAUUUGACCAGUGAAUCCAUGUGUCAAGCUGUGUAUUGGUUGUGAGUUAGUGAAAAAGAUGUAACUAUAAAACCAAUAAUAGCUGGACGUCACCAAUACCGGUGAAGGGCUUCAAAUUUAGGCAUAUGCUCGGCGCUUACAGCAAUUGAGCACUGAGGGUUCUUUAGCGUGCCACACCUACUGUGACACAGAACAUCCGUUCUUAAGGUCAUCUCCAAGGACCCGUGGCAUUCACACCUGAUGCUGAGCGUUAGGCGAUGGAACUGUCAAUACCUGUUUUAACGGGUUUCCAUUGUAAGCUGAUUAAUAAAGAGAUUGAUGCUAAUUAUGCUUCUAUCUAUUUUACAUAACCCAUCUAUAUAAAAUAAAUAUGUGACAAGUUCUGUAGCUUCACUGAAAGUUGUGGAAUAUUAAAUGUUGGUCAUUUCUUCCUGUCAAAUUUGAAAAAUAUAGGGGACAAUGAGACUGAAAUUAUUUUCACUGAAAAGAGGUGGAUUAUGUUUCAUGUUUGUGCUUACUAAAGUAACUUCCCAUGGAUAACUUUAAAAAUUCGCUACCGUGUUAUUUGCUGUUCUGAUAUAAAUUUUGAAUACAAUAUCGCAUUAGUUGAUAUAUAAUAUUUAUAUAUAUGAUGAUAAAUAGUAAUAAUAAUGUAUCUUUGCCCCAUAUCUGUCUGUCCGAAAAUUUACCCUUGCUCAUAACUAUUGAAUUGUGAGUGAUAGGGCGCUCAUAUGUGUGUUUCUUGUGGCAAGACCUUUCAUUUUAUGCCAUGAUAUUUAACCUUGUAACCUUGACUUUGAAGUUUGACCUACUUUUAAGAAAAAUUACAUAAAUUCUUUCUUUACCACCUGGGACAUAUUUCCUCUAGUUCCAUAAUUGUCUGGUGUAUUAAAAAAUAUAUAUACAUUUUUCAUUGAAAUAUUGGCAAAAUAAUAAUUCUGCUAUGCUAUGAAAAAAAUGCUAGGGAUGGCUUCAUUACUUUCAAGGAUACACUAUUAAUUCUGAUUAGUAUUUAAAGGGUCUUUAAGUAUUAUAUAUAAAUCAUGCAUAUAGAGACUGUAAAAUAAAUGUACACUUUCAUAACAUUUUCCAUCUUUUGAUAAAUUUGAUAUGCAUAAUACUAAGUACAAGUGGAUAUUCUAGGUCCUUUUGUUGCUUUGGAUUACUGGUAGCUUUGUGGUAAAAUUUGGCAUUGGGUGUUUUAAGAGUUUUUUUUUUAUAUACGGAUGUCUUUACACAUACACUGUAUAUAUUUGUUGAUGCCAUCAUUUUUAGAUUCUUGAAUACAUAAAUAGAGAGUAAUAUAUGAGAAAAUAUCUAUCUCGCGUCAUUUCUUACCAAGACUGCAAUAAGGCUUGUUUCAAUGCAUAUCAGGGAUGCCAGUAAUGUAAAAUCCCUAUGCAUUUUAAGUAAAUAAUAUUUGAUUAUGUAAAUUUUGAUGGUACAUGUAUUUAUUGAAUUUUAUUUAGGUGUGGUAUCAGCACAUAGUGCCUUGUAUAAGUUUUAGCUUAUUAAUUAAAGAGAGCUAAUUUCA